ACAACUUUAUUACAGCAAGAUAAAAUUGUCAGAACUCACAUUAUCAGUCAUGAAGACCAUUCUUGUGUUACUAAUGCCCAUUUGGUUUGGGAACGUUGCAGUGGAGGCACUGCGGUGUUAUGCCUGUGAUUACACAAUCAGCAAUGCUCAAUGCAACCAGAACAUAGAGAACUGCUUGGUCUCAAAUGACACCUGCAUGACCGCCGUCUCCCAAAUCUUGGGGAUCCAGUACAUGUCUAAGACCUGCACCACCAGCUUGACAUGUAGAACAGCCGCCUCCACCAUCACCAUUCCAGGAGCCUUAUUGGGGAUCCAGGUCAGCUGCUGUCAGACUGACCUCUGUAACGUCAAUGGUUCAUCAGUCUCUGGACUCAACUUCAUGUUGCUCAGCUUGUCUUUUCUCUUAUCUGGCCUGGUUUUGUCUCUGUGAAACUCUGUGAAGUUUUUGAAAUGAAUGAAUGAACAACUGAAAUCAAUAUGUGGGUUCAUCUUUGCUGGUUUUUUUGUUUGUUCUUGUUGCUCAUCCUCAGGAUCUAUGUCGGAUAGGAAAGAAAUACAAAGUUUUCCUAUCUGUGCUGUUUACUGUGUAUCUGAAUCAAGUUUUCGAAAUGAAUGAAUAUGAGCAACUGAAAUAAAUAUGUGUCAAUCUCU